AUGUCGUCAAGUUAUCCGAUUCCAAAGCCAAGGACUCGCUUCAACGUAAGCUUUUGUUGUGGAUUCUUUACCGGACUUCUUACUCGACUCCAUUUCCCGUUUAAAAAUGGUUCUCUUAACGAAGUUAAUACUUCUAUUUCGGAAGAAAAGUUGCAAAAUAAUACUGUUGAACGCUUCGAUUUGCUUCCACCGCCUUUACCUCCACUUCUACCGCCUCGCCCACCUCCCACAACACCUGAAAUAAAGUUACCUACUGAAUCAACCUCCGAUCCUCCUCGCCUACCACAUUCUGGCCGAGAAAAUCACGAGAUUCCAGCGCUGGUACCUACUGUAUCUCCUCCUUUGCCAUGUUGUCCGAAAGGAUGGGAAAAAACGAGUCCGACAUACAUUGACAGCAAUUCGUAUGAGACUGUGAGGAGAUGCCACUCCACCAUGCCAGAUCCAACAUGCCGUCGUAUUGAUUUUAUAGAAAAUCCAAUCUACAUGUCUUUGGUUUCAUUCCGAAAAAAGGCAUUUGGCGACGUUGAGAAAAAAACCGAAAUGAAUGGUGAGCGCUCACAAACUCCGCUAGACACGGAAAUAUGUGGCCCAUCAAGAGGAGAUAAUGAAAGAAACAUCUUUUUGCUCAGUACUAAUGAUAUGGAGGAGAAUGAAGAUAUGCAGCACUCUUCUUCGGAUUUCUCAUGUUUUUCAGAUUCGUCUCACGGUGUGUUGGAAAAGACCAUACCUCCCACGAAAAGUGUUCUGUCAUCGCGUCCGGAAAAUUUCGAAGAUAGAAAUAGGAACAGUAUGAAUAAUAAGUGUGGAAUGGAUUCAAGCCUAUUAGACAAUCUUGAGAAAGUUGUCGAAAUAGCGGAAGACCCGAAAAAUAUUGAUGAGAUUGACAACCUGCAUGACGAGAAUUCUCCAAGUACCCAAUUCAGCAGUACCGCUGUCGCUUAUUUUGGUAACGUCUCACUUCAUAUCGGUAAAAGGGACAGAAGGAAGUCUGAGGAGUGCAUUGCUGGUCCAUUUUCCCUGCUGGAAUGUGAAUUAAUUUGCCGAGAUGAACAAAACAUAACUAUCAGGCUUAGUGAGAAGGAAACUGGCAAAUCUGUGAUAUUCACAUCUGACAGUGAUGCAGAGACAUGGACACUGUUACUGGGAGAAGUAGGAAUUCAUUGA